CUGGGAACAGGACACCAAACACACUAAUCAGAGACUGGACUGGCACUGCUAAGUACUCGACACACUGACGCUGGCGGUAUCGGUACACCCUCCCGCGCUAGAAACCUUGACGUAGCAGCCUGCCGUACUCCGUUCGACUCUCCUACCUCACUUGACCUGGCUUUGUUGCUCCUUUCGACACCUCAUCACGACACCACCGAAAUCCAUCACCUCUCAACACCCAACGCCCAUAUAAUCGCCCCGCGCGCCCCCUCCAGACCGCCGCACGAUAACAACUCUACAAGCCUUCAUCGCAGCCCCUCCCCUAGCCUUUCACAAUGAACCCCGAGUACGACUACCUCUUCAAGCUCCUCCUCAUCGGUGACUCCGGUGUUGGAAAGUCUUGUCUUCUGUUGCGUUUCGCCGACGACACCUACACCGAGUCCUACAUCUCCACCAUCGGUGUCGACUUUAAAAUCCGCACGAUAGAGCUCGACGGAAAGACGGUGAAGCUCCAGAUCUGGGAUACCGCCGGCCAGGAGCGUUUCCGCACCAUCACUUCCUCUUACUACCGCGGUGCCCACGGCAUCUGCGUCGUCUACGAUGUGACCGACAUGGACUCGUUCAACAACGUCAAGCAGUGGCUCCAGGAGAUUGACAGAUACGCCACCGAGGGCGUCAACAAGCUUCUUGUCGGCAACAAGAGCGAUAUGUCCGACAAGAAGGUUGUCGAGUACACCGUCGCCAAGGAGUUCGCCGACAGCUUGGGCAUCCCCUUCCUCGAGACCUCUGCGAAGAACGCCAGCAACGUCGAGCAGGCCUUCCUGACCAUGGCCCGCCAAAUCAAGGAGCGCAUGGGCAGCACGACCGCGAACAACACGAAACCCUCCGUGCAGGUCGGACCCGGACAUGGCGUCUCCUCCAACUCGGGCGGCGGCUGCUGCUAA